UAAAUCCGAUAUAUACUUGCCACAGACGCUGACGUCGCCGGCCCCCACCUCCCCUCACACAACUGACAACAACCAUGGCCGACUCAACCCAGGCCUCGUCCGAGAUUCAGAUCAACGUCAAAGGCCCCAACGAGCUCAAGCUCCAGAUUUCCAUCGCCACGGACAAGACCGUGCGCGACCUCAAACAAGCCAUCGCUGCCAAGUCAGAUGUCGAAGCUGACAGACAAAGACUGAUCUAUUCAGGUAGAGUAUUGAAGGACGAGGAUCUUCUCUCAGUAUACAAAAUCCAGUCAUCGCACACCAUCCACAUGGUCAAAGGUGCAGCCCGAUCCAGUGGCCCAACCAACCAACCCUCUACCGCACCGCCAGCCCUCCCAACGAUGCAAGCUGGCCAAAACCCGCAUGACCCGCUCACCCAAUUAAACAGCCAUCUAGGAUUUGGUGCGCUGGCGGGUUUCAACCCCUUUGCAGAUAUGGGCCUUAAUCCCAACGAUCCCAACAUGAUGCAAAGCAUGAUGGGCUCCCCUGAAUUCCUCCAACAAAUGUCCAGUGUCAUGUCCAAUCCCGCCGUCCUCGACCAAGUCAUCGCAUCUAACCCACAACUUGCCGCAAUGGGACCCCAAGUCAGAGAGAUAUUUCAAAGUGAACGAUUCAGGCAGAUGUUGGCAAAUCCAGAGAUGUUAAGAUCGAUGCUGCAGAUGUCGGCGGCCCUCCACGGCACGGGACUCGGCGGCGUGCCGUUCGGAGCUUUUGGCGGUAGUGGGAGCGGCGCUCAAUCCUUCUUCCCUGCACCUGGUACCCCUUCAACAGGGGCAACACCUGCGUCCACACCUUCUACCGGCCAGCAACAACAGCGAACAACUCACCAAGUCCUGGCAUUGGUGCCAACCCGUUCCUCAACUGCCGCACUUAUGCAACAGAUUCUGGCGGGAGGAACGGGCGGUGGUUCUUUUGGCGCAGGUGCAGGCAUACUAUCGACUCCAGCAGAUACACGGCCGCCUGAGGAGAGGUUCCAAGUCCAGCUCCAGCAACUUCAGGAGAUGGGAUUCACCAAUGCCUCACAAAACGUGAGAGCGCUGUUGGCGACAGGUGGUAAUGUCCAAGCUGCUAUAGAGUACAUCUUCAGCGGUGGGGGUGUGUAGGCUAUUUGCCAUGUUAUAUGUGAUCAAUGUUUUCUAUCUGGAAGUGCUACGCUACUUUCCUAGUGAUUGAUGUUAUAGUAUUGGAGUGCGAGAGUG